UCAUGUGAUGCGACAAUAUAAAUAAGGAAGUUUAAAUCCAUGUGUGAAAUAUUUCAGUCGGUAACUUUCCAGCUGCAAUUAUCGUAAUGAAGUGUGGCGGUACCGCCGAGGCGAAGGAUGCCACACCCGAAGUGCAGCAAAUCUGCGAUGAGAUGAAGCCAUAUGCAGAGGAGAAAGCUGCAAAGAAGUUUGACGUUUUUGCUGCCAAAACAUUCACAACGCAAGUUGUGGCUGGGACCAACUUCUUCAUUAAAGUCCAUGUUGGUGGAGAUGAAUUUGUGCACCUGCGGGUCCAUAGAACUCUACCCCACGCUGGUGGGAAACUGGAGCUUCAUGGCAUACAGACAUCCAAAGCUCACCAUGACCCCAUUGGUUUCUUCUGAUUACCUGUAACUCCCUGCAGGGGAUGCCACACCUCUACUCCAUGCCUGGAUCAUGUGUACCCUUGUUUAUUAUGGUCACCUGUAUUGUAUACUUCUGGUGGUAAAUGUCUGUCUUUUGUACUAAAAGCUGUCUACACCUUUGACUAAAUGGCUUUUGCUAGAACAUGAAUACAAAUUUGACAAAAACAUGUUUUCUGUCAAUCUGUGGUGGUUAGUGACUAACAUGUUUCUCGGGAUUGUGUGGUACCUUUCGGGGAGAAGAGAUUCAGUUGGGUUUGUUUUUAAUUUAGAAAAAAAGUUUACAUCCAGUGCAGUCUUUCAAUUGAGGACCUUCAAUAAAGGUCUCCUUAAAAUCGGUACAGCUGGAGGCAGUGAUUUGACACCCUCGUGCAGUUUUCCUUCCUGCCAAGAAGCCUCUGAUUAUAGCUCUAUACUGUUUGAAAACUUAUUUUGCAUUUAAGAUAGAAAGAUGUAUGUAAUUACUUUUGGUUCUGGACAUCAAAAUUAAAUGUUGGCAACAGGAAAGGGUGCAUCAA